AUGUCCAUCACCAAGAUCCACGCACGCCAGAUCUUCGACUCUCGUGGUCGCUUUCGGGCUGCAGUGCCUUCUGGAGCGUCCACUGGUAUUCAUGAAGCGGUGGAAUUGCGUGAUGGGACCAAGAGCGAGUACGUUGGAAAGGGCGUUCUCAAGGCGGUUACGAACGUCAACGAGAAGAUCGCGCCCGCGCUCAUUGAAUCUGGGAUUAAAGUUACCGCUCAGAAGGACAUCGAUGACUUUUUGAUCAAGCUCGAUGGCACCCCAAACAAAGGGCUACUUGGUGCCAAUGCAAUUUUGGGUGUCAGUAUCGCAGCCGCCGUAGCCGGUGCUGCUGAGAAAGAUGUGCCAUUGUAUCAGCAUCUCGCCGAGCUUGCCGGUGUCAAGCCACCAUAUGUGCUCCCUGUUCCCGCCUUCAAUGUCAUUAACGGGGGCUCUCAUGCCGGCAACAAACUUGCGUUCCAGGAGUUCAUGCUCCUCCCUACUGGCGCGACAAGCUUUACUGAAGCCCUAAAGAUUGGAACCGAAACCUACCAUACCCUGAAGAAGGUCAUUAAUGCCAAGUAUGGAAUUGACGCUACGAAUGUCGGUGAUGAGGGCGGCUUCGCCCCCAAUGUGUCUGGCGCUGUGGAAUCCCUUGACUUGCUUGUCGAGGCGAUCAAGAAAGCAGGCUACGAGGGAAAGAUUCAGAUUGCUUUGGAUGUCGCUUCCUCAGAGUUCUACAAGGAAGGGAAGUACGAUCUCAACUUCAAAGAUCCCAACUCGGAUCCGUCCAAGUAUCUCAGCGGAAAGGAGCUCGCCGAUUUUUAUGUCUCACUUAUUAAGAAGUAUCCCAUCGUGUCCGUCGAGGAUCCUUUCGAUCAGGACGAUUGGGAAGCUUGGACCCAUUUCACCAAGGAGAGCGGAAUCCAGAUUGUGGGCGAUGAUCUUACUGUUACCAAUCCCCUUCGUAUCAAGACUGCUAUCGAGAAGAAGGCCUGUAAUGGACUUUUGCUUAAGGUCAACCAAAUCGGAACGGUUUCUGAAUCCAUUCAAGCAGCCCAACUUUCUCAGAGCGACGGAUGGGGUGUGAUGGUCUCCCACCGUUCCGGUGAGACGGAGAACACCUUCAUCGCGGACCUGUCUGUUGCCCUCGGCGUCGGCCAGAUCAAGACUGGUGCACCAGCACGGAGCGAGCGCGUGGCGAAGUACAACCAACUGCUCCGCAUAGAAGAGGAGAUCGGCGCGAAUGUCGAGUACGCUGGCGGGCGCGGAUUGUCGGCUGGAUUGACUCCUCCUGCUCUCAUUUCAAAGUAA